CCUCUCAACUACCGCCCUCCUCCCUCCUGUUGCCGCAGUUCAGGAUUUAGGGUUAUCUUCAUCUACAGUAGCUUCCUCUGUACGGAUCAACUCAUUUGCAGAAAACCUCUGCCUGCAGAAGAUGAUUUAGGGUUCAAUCCGAGACAUUUGAUUUCUACUUAAUUUGAAUUUUCUGAGUAUUUUCGAGUUGUGCUGAAGCGUUUCCUCAAAGCGAUUGAUUCAGAAUGAGUGUCGAACCAUUCAAUCGUUUGGUGAAGCUUGCGGCUAGGGCUUUUUAUGAUGAUAUAACUACAAAGGGAGAGAAUCAACAGCCCAAAACUAUGAGAAGUGAUAACAGGGGCAUUGCUGUUGUGAUACUUGAUGCCCUUACAAGGCGUCAGUGGGUUAGAGAGGAAGAUCUUGCAAAGGAUUUGAAGCUGCACUCAAAACAAUUGCGACGGACCUUACGAUUUUUUGAAGAAGAAAAGCUAGUUACCAGGGAUCAUAGAAAAGAGUCAGCAAAAGGUGCAAAAAUCCACAAUGCAGCUGUAGCUGCUGUGGCUGAUGGACAGUUCAACAGAGAUGGUGAUGACAAGAUUAAGCUGCACACUCACUCUUACUGUUGCCUAGAUUAUGCACAGAUAUUUGAUGUUGUGAGGUAUAGACUGCAAAGAAUGAGGAAAAAGCUGAAAGAUGAAUUGGACAACAGGAAUACAAUUCAGGAGUAUAUUUGUCCCAAUUGCGGGAAGAGAUAUAAUGCUUUGGAUGCAUUGCAACUCAUGUCUCCCGAGGAUGAAGACUUCCAUUGUGAAAGUUGUAACGGAGCACUUGUGGCUGAGAGUGACAAAUUAGCUGCUCAAGAAACAGGAGAUGGAGAUGAAAAUGCUAGAAGGCGACGUCGUGAUAAAUUAAAAGACAUGCUACAAAAGAUGGAGGAGCAGCUGAAACCAUUGUCUGAACAACUGAACAGGGUUAAAGAUUUGCCAGUACCUGAAUUUGGUCCUCUUGCUGCAUGGGAAAUCAGAUAUAGUGCUGCUCGACGAGCAAAUGGUGAUUCUGGUGCUAAUGACUCAAAAAACUCACUGGGUUAUGGUGGAACGCCCAUGCCAUUUGUUGGAGAGACAAAGGUUGAAGUUGCCUUUUCUGGUGAAGAAAAAGGAGAUAUUAAACCUGAGAACUCGAGUGCACCUACGAAAGUAUUGCCACCAUGGAUGAUUAAGCAAGGUAUGAACCUCACAAAAGAGCAGCGUGGGGAGGUGAAAGAGGAGGUGAAGGGGGGAAGUAGUACAUCAACAAAAACAUCUGUGGAGUUUUCAGAUGACAAAAAGUCAAAUAUUUUUGAAGAUAAUAAUAAGAAUAUACAGGAUGAAUAUGUCAAGGCCUAUUAUGCUGCAAUGCAUAAGAGACAGCUUGAACAAGAAGAAGCUUCUAAGAAGCAACAAGAACUUUCCAACGCCGGCGUCUCUGAGCGUCAGGUUGGUAUGAAGUCGAAACGCGCUGAAGAUGAGGUUGAAGAUGAUGGUGUUGAAUGGGAAGAGGUAGCACCAGUAGCAGCAGGUCAAACAGUUGAGAACUACAAGGUGAAUGACUUAAACGUGGAAGCAGCUUCAGGGGAUGAAGAAGAAGAUGAUGAUGAUAUAUGGGAAGAGGGGUGAACUUUUGAGAUACAGGGAUUCGUCUGUCAAGGUGGUUUGGUUAUAUUCUUUUCGGAUCAUCUCGUAGCUUAAAAUCUUGAAGAACUAGGUCUUGUUAAAGCCAUUCAUUGAUGGUGGAGUAAAUAUUGACAGGAUGGUUAUUUUUAUAUGGAGAUGAAGAUGGAACUAGGGUUUCAAAGGGGGUCAACAUCUUGAUUUGCUUUUUCUUUUUGUUGUUGAAUCUAACUUGAUUUAUCUUUAAAAUCAAAGGGGAUUCAAUGAUUUUUUUUCUUUCCUUUUUUGUAACUUGCAACAGUUUACUAUAUUAUUGGCUUUGGACUUAAAUGUCAGAAUUUGUUAAACAGGCAGUAUUUUUUGUACUUUUAUUGCAUCCUUAUUGGUUCAUUAGUGAA